AAGUUUCUUUCUGAAUGUUUUAAAACCUAAGAGGAUGAAGAAGAAACCGUCACUCCCAGUCACUGAGUGUUUGAUGUGAAGCGAGGGGGAAAUAUUUCUGCCUGUAGAAUGUGAAAUGGAGGAGAAAAAGGAGACCCAUUUUCAGCUCGAUGAUCAGAGACAGAAAGGAGGAAGAGAGGAAGCUGAACGCGGGGGGAAGCAGAUACAGAGAGAGAGAGAGAGAGAGAGCGAGAGAGAGAGAGAGCUUUAACCAUGCGCACACAUGAGAAUUAGAGAGACAGAGAGAGGGAGGGAGGGCAGCAGAGGGAGAAAAAAGGCUUAAUUAAUUCAGGCUGGAUGGGAGGGAUGUUGCUGCCGUCCCUGCUGAGCCUCCAGUGCCUCUGCUGUCGUGCUGCAGGAAGCCUCGUUGUGUGUGUAAGUGUGUGAGCUCAGAGAGACGACACCACUCCUGCUUUCUGCUUUCUGUUUACCGGGAACCAGACACCGGUCAGCCCGGGAUCGGAGCCCCCUCUAUCUCCCUCUCUCUGCCUGAUCGGGUCUUCAGAAACAGGGAUGUUACAUGGAGACCAGCAGUGAGCAGAGGUCAGAGACAGAGUUUUUGCUGAGAAACCUUGUGCCAACCUCAACAUAGUUUGCCAAACACCCUUUGAAACCUUUAUUUUUCUGGCAUUUAAAGUGACGAUUUGGAUAUUUGAGGAACCUCAGCAGCCUUCAGGACCCACUGCUUUAAGAUAAAAACUUGAAAACCUGACUGAAUAUCACCAGCGCUCCAUGCGGCCUCAGCUUCUUCAACUCUCCGCCUCCCGCUUGCCCUCAAAGUGAGUCAGAGAUGACAUCCCAAAAGCUCUUCCUCUUAGUUUUAUUUCUCAACCUGACUCAAGGAUAACCGUCAAUCCCCAAAGAGGCAUUCAAGGACGUCAAACUCACUGACACAGAGGAGCCCCCCCACCCCCCCCUGGCUUCAGGCAGCAUGGGAGACGGGAGCUGGGUCUGCCUGAGUCCUGCUGAGUUCGGACAGCUGCAGAAAUACAGCGAGUACUCCACAAAGAAGCUGAAGGAUGUGCUGGAGGAGUUUCAUGGUGAAGGAGUCCUCUGCAAAUACAACCCCGAGCAGAAGCAAGACGUUCUGAACCAACCCAUUGACUAUGAAGGCUUCCAGCUCUUCAUGGCCACAUACCUGGAGAACGACAUCCCAGAGGAGCUGUGUCAGCACCUCUUCACCUCCUUCAAGAGCAAGACGGGAGGCUGCUCCCCCGAGCCGUCACGAGCAGGAACAAGCUUACUGGGGAUGAACGGGAAGAGCAUCCUCUCAGCGAUGGGUCGACACACACCUGAGCACUCCAGCGUGAUGUGCGCAGCCGGCUCAGGAGCCACCACCUCCCCGUGCUCAUCCCGCUCCUCCUCGCAGCGUUCAGGCACGGGGGCCCUCACACCCGGAGGGCCCCACAGGUCACCCGGCUACAACCAAGUGAAAACAUCAGAAGGCUGCAGCAACGCGCUCACCCCCAACGCUGGUCCUGCAAGGUCACCGGUGUCCCCAAAACUUUCUCCAGAUAGGAGUCGCUCAGAGAAACAUUUGUCGCGGAGGAGGAGCCCGUCGCCCCAGAAAGGCUCCCCCCUGCCGUCGCCCCAGGUGGUCUUUCUCAAGGACAUCGUCUGCUACCUCUCCCUGCUGGAGAGGGGGACACCUGAGGACAAGCUGGAGUUUAUGUUCCGGCUGUACGACACGGACGGCAACGGGGUCCUGGACAGCUCGGAGCUGGAUCGAAUCAUCAACCAGAUGGUACAUGUGGCAGAGUAUCUGGAGUGGGAUUCGACAGAACUGAGACCGAUCCUGAAGGAGAUGAUGGAGGAGAUCGACUAUGACAGAGACGGGACGGUCACACUGGAGGAGUGGAUCAGAGGAGGCCUCACGACCAUCCCUCUGCUGGUCCUGCUGGGCAUGGACACGAACGUGCAGGAAGACGGGCAGCACGUGUGGCGUCUGAAGCACUUCAACAAACCAGCCUACUGUAACUACUGCCACACCAUGCUGCUGGGAGUCCGCAAACAGGGCCUCUGCUGCUCCACGUGCAAGUACACGGUGCACGAACGCUGUGUGUCCAAAGACAUCGCCGCCUGCAUCAGCACCUACGCCAAGUCACGCAGGCACACCAACGCUAUGCAGCACAUCUGGAUGGAGGGGAACUCUCCAACAAAGUGCGACCGCUGUCACCGAAGCAUCAAGUGUUACCAGGGCCUGACGGGGCUGCACUGUGUGUGGUGUCAGAUCACUCUUCAUAAUAAAUGUGCGUCCAACGUGAAGCCCGAGUGUGAUGGAGGAGCUCUGAGGGACCACACUCUGCUGCCCUCGUACAUCUGCCCCGUCGUCCUGGACCGUCACUCUGUGGUUAAACGAGGUGAGGGGGAGUCUCCGCCCAGCACCAGCCCCGACGACAUCAACCAGACCUUUAAAUUCUCCCCUGGAGAUGGACAAGCACUGCAGAUCACUCCUCUCCCAGGAUCUCACCCGCUCCUGGUUCUGGUCAACCCAAAGAGUGGAGGGAGACAGGGGGAGAGGGUGCUGAGGAAGUUCAGGUACCUGCUUAACCCCAGACAGGUGUACAGUUUGGAGCAAGGGGGACCAAUGGUGGGGCUCAACUUCUUCCACGACGUCCCUGAUUUCCGGGUGCUCGCCUGUGGAGGAGACGGCACAGUAGGCUGGAUCCUGGACUGUAUAGAUAAAGCUAACUUUGCCAAGCAUCCUCCGGUGGCCAUCCUCCCUCUGGGCACGGGGAACGACCUCGCUCGCUGCUUACGCUGGGGAGGAGGUUAUGAGGGUGGCAGCUUGCUGAAGUUCCUCCGGGACAUCGAGCACAGCACAGAGGUGGCUCUGGACCGCUGGAACAUCGACAUCGUCCCCGACGACAAGGAGGAGAAGGGAGACCCCGUCCCCUACAGCAUCGUCAACAACUACUUCUCCAUCGGAGUGGACGCCUCCAUCGCCCAUCGCUUUCACCUGAUGAGAGAAAAGCACCCUGAGAAGUUCAACAGCAGGAUGAAGAACAAGCUGUGGUACUUUGAGUUCGGCACCACUGAGACCAUCUCGGCCACCUGCAAGAAGCUCAAUGAAUGCAUAGAGGUGGAGUGCGACGGCAUCAUCUUAGACCUCAGUAACACCUCCUUAGAAGGCAUCGCAGUCCUAAACAUUCCCAGCAUGCACGGCGGCUCCAACCUGUGGGGCGAGUCGAAGAAGAGGAGGAACUACAACCGCAUGAGCAAGAAGGUUCCUUACACGAUGCCCUCGAGCACCGUCACCGACGCUAAGGAGCUCAAGUUUUGCAUGCAAGACCUCAGUGACCAGCUGCUGGAGGUGGUCGGCCUUGAAGGUGCGAUAGAAAUGGGUCAGAUCUACACCGGACUGAAGAGUGCGGGACGCAGACUGGCUCAGUGUGCCAACGUCACCAUCAGGACGUCCCGCCGGCUGCCCAUGCAGAUUGACGGGGAGCCCUGGAUGCAGCCCCCCUGCACGAUCAGGAUCACACACAAGAACCAGGUCCCUAUUUUGCUUGGCCCGCCCCAGAAGACGCCGUUCUUUUUCUUCAAGAGACGCAACCGGAGCCGCGACUAGGACACGAGCAUACAUACGCAAAACCAAACAUGAACAGUUCAUAUUCAUGCACAUUUAAAUGCCACCAACUGUAUAGGCAGCUCCAUCGGACGACUGGUACACGGUUCCCUGAAUGGAGAUGGAAAGUGGGAAGUUAAACAACGGGAUCACAAGUGGAACGUUCCUUCAAUCAGGACGCCUACAGACUAUUUAUUCCCAAAGGACGGCGCCCAAAGUGACAGGACUCUAAACCUACAGUACCAACCGUUCCCUGUGUAACCAUCAUCCUCUAGUCUCCUCUAGUCUCGUCUCCAUACAACGCCCAGCCAUGGAUUCAGUUUCAGCCACUUGUAACGCCGAGCCGCACCCUGUCCAAACUACUCAGCCAUAGGCCAGUACUGCACGGCCCGCGUAAUCCAACUUGGGCUGCUGGGAUUCCCUCACAGCCCCGUGAAUGAAGUGGAGGAAGUCAUAGUGGUUACUAUGGGGGGGGGGGGGGGGUUAAACAAGUAGGUUGAAUGAAGAAUGAGGAAAAGCUCCAACACACUAUAGUGGAAAAUAGAACAGUGUGGUGUGGCAGUAGUCAUGGUUGUUUACAAGACUACAGAGAGUAAAUAAAGUAAGAUCCACCUCCUCUUUAAAACACCUGUAUGAAUAAUGGAUCAGUGGUUGCUUGUAAGAGCACUCGCUGCAGGUCUCCCCGAAGACUUAGAGCACGGUACGGCAGAGAAUGAGAGUGGAGGAAAGAGUGUCAUCAAUUAUUGAGUUACUUUGUUUGUGGGUUGACGGCAGUGGGGCGUAACAGUGGCCUAGAAUCGUUGGAACAUGCAGGGAGGUUAGCCCCUUAGCAUCACUGGCCUACAAAAGUGGAUCCUGUACGGACCGGAUCAGCAGGCGGAGGAAGUGUCUGGUCCACAAGUGCAGUUACCACCACAACAGUCUAGCUUGAAAGAAUAGAUUGGAAACAUGUGUAGUUCAUCUUUUUUUCCCUUCUUCAACAACUUGUUCCUCCUCUGAACAUGGACUCAAAAUGUUUAGUAAAGGGUCUAGAAUGUUUCAGACCAGAAGCGAAGCAAGUUUUCCAUCCAUGGCGAUCAAAGUCGACGCAAGAAAGUUUAGAGAUACAAACUCCCGUCAUUCGCUUGUUUGGACCAGUUAAAUGAGUGCAUGUAUCAUAGUUGAUAUCCCAACCUGCAUCAAAAAUGGACAGUCCAAACCCCUCCCCAAAAAAUCAAUGUUUCUGAUGGGGGUUGGUUUAUCUUUUAAAUGCAACAAUGCAAAACUGUAAGGCACUACAAGACUAAAACAAAGUCCUGAAAGCUGGUGUCCAUCGGCCAUAAACGUUGAUUUAAAGGUCACAUAUUAUGUGAGUCGCGAGACAUUCUUGUACCAAUCAAACCGAACCUGUUAAAGUCAACACAAGAUGUGAAGAGAUUCUAAAUUCUGUUAUAGGCCUUUUCGUUGGGCUUGUAUGAGUUGAAUUUAUUUUUAAACUCAAGCGAGAUGGUGCUGAUGCUGCAUCAGAAGAGCAUUUCAGGGUCGAUGUUCUCCAAAUGUUCCAAACUUCCAACAGAGAUGGAUCCAAACUCCAUUGAAAAUCAAAGUUCAGAGGUUGUUAGUGUGUCUCGUCCUGCUCGCUAACGGUUAGAGCAAACACUAAAGGCAACAAAAAGCUAAAAGUUGUAAAGAAAUUCUUGUACCUAGCCAAGCCUGCCCAAACUAACAGUCACCAAGCUGGCUCUGGAGAAGGGGUAGAAUUUAAACAAGCUUUGUGCGGAUCCUGAUGACCCCAGGCACAAGGGCUAUGUUAGCAGGUUUUGUCUUUGUUUAAUAAAUAUGUAGGGGUAACGCAGUGGGAAAUCUAGCCUCGCUUCUGGUCCGAGUUAAGCUUAACACUACCAUCCAAAUUGAAUCUACAACAGCUCCAGUGAACUGUGUGCCAACGGAUGCUUCUACUGGGUCAAGGAUUGAAAUAAAUCCCCUCAAGGGUAUAUCAUCAUGCCCCUGAGGGUUUAUUUACCACAGCAUUGACCAGGGGAGGGGGGGGGCCUAAAUUUAUCCUUCUAUUUCAGGGAUGGUCUAUCUCUGCUCCAGUGAAACCCUACGCCUAAUUACCGUGUCAAACAUCAGCUCACAAUGUCAAGUUUGCUGUCACAGUGCAAAUCCCAGAGCCUGCCCUGCCUGCACAGCGCUGCUGGGUGGCUUUAACGCAUUCAUGGUUUGUUUAACCGAGCCAAAUAAAGACGGGCUGGAAAUAGAGGAGGAAUUGUGUUUUUACCAAGAUGGAAAAAAAGGAUGUUGUGACUCAGAAACUGUGGACCGGGGAGCUUAGAUCAGUGUUUUAUAAAGAAUGUAUCCAUAUCACUGUCCCCAAAGUAUGGCUAAAAUAUAUUACACAGUAUGUGCAGAAAGAGUAUAUAUUUGGAGAGUAGGUGUAGCUCACAUAUACUGUACACACGAAUGUGAUUUAAUAUAUCAUUGUUAUUCAAAUGUAAAUCUUAGCUUAGAGGGAUUCGGAUCAGUGUUAGUCGCCAUGCAGAGCUGCUACAGUCGCUCUCUGGAGACAGUUUUCCACUUUGUCUGAUUCAGAUCAUUUGUACAUGAACAAAAACAUGCAACAAAAAAACAAAACGUGUAACACGAUGAUGAUAAUGUGCACCUACCAGCCGUUUUAGGGCCCGCCAGAGGUCCUCGCCGCUGACUGUGGUUUGCUUGAGUGCUUUGAGAGUGGGAGGUAAGGCUAUACCAAGAAUUAAGCUAAUAAUAUCAAGCUUUAAGUCAAAUAACGAGAGAGAUAGUCUACUGGGCAUUACAAUGAUUAUUGAGAUAUGUUAAUGUUAGCAUGCUAAGAUGCUUACAAUGAUAAUACAGAGAUGUUAAGCUAAGACAUUAUAAACUAUAUUUUCCAUCUAUAAGUUUUUAGUGUUAGCAUGCUACCAUUUGACAAUUAGCAUGUAAAAUCUAGUAAAGCUACAUGCUAACAUGCGCACAUUUACAAUGGAUAUAUUUUUAUACCAAUUUCAUGACAUGCAGUAAAGUUUUUCUUCAUAGUUGACCGUGUUAGCAUGCUAAUGUUUGCUAACCUGAACUUGAGGUAGACUUCUGAUGCUGGUCCAUAUUUUAAAACUCUCAUAUAGUGUUACAAUGCUGGGUGUUCAAACUCAAGGUUUCAGAUCUUAAAGAGACAGUUUGUUUUGUAACGAUAAGACUCAGCCUGACUUCAGAGAAGGUUGUAACGGUAGAAACCAAAGAUUAUUUUGUCACACUUCAUUCUUCAGAAAACGGCUGGUGAGGUCAUCUCACACUGAUAUCUUGUAAAUGUAAACGAGUGAAUGUUAAAACUCACAUGUGAUCUGAGUUGGACGUUUGUGGAAAACAUGUCUUACACCCCGCUGACAUAAAGUGCAUGUCAGAGGGAGACUGGUGAGACGCUCUGAGGGUUCAAACUGAGCUCCACUUUAGGGUCUGCCUUUAGACUCUGGUUCCCUUUAAAAUACCCUAAAAUAGUCAUUACUCCUGUACCCAGGCUCCAUGGAAACACAAAAGAUGUCCAGUAAAGCCUCAAACACUCAUUUUGAGUUCCUACAUUCAGACUCAACAUUAACGUGGAAAUCGUUCGGGUUACUCUCGUGUCACUUGGUGUUUUCGGACCACAGCAAGUUCUUUAUAGUCCAGAAAAGUUGGGUGUAUGCACUGCAAAAACUGAGAAUGAUGGUAGCUGUUAGAAAAGCUAAAAGAAAUAUCCAAUAAGAACGCUUGCCUGGUGCAUGUGCUCGAAAACUUUAGUCAAGGUGAAGUGGUCCAAUGGCAACUCUUAAAUAUUUAUGCAUAAUUAACAGAGAUCCACAGUAACGUUGGUCCAAUGGAAAGGAGAUACUGUUAGAUCUUCAGGGAAUUUUUUUCUGCAAUACCACAAAUGGCCACUGGGUGACUUGGAAGCAGGUUAGAGCAGUGGCAAUGCAAUCAUGUGUUAUUUAGGAAUCCGUUGCACUCUACAAAAUAACAUCGAGUGACGUCAUGAACCUUCGCUGGUCCAGACUUAGUUGAGCAAUGUUGAGCUGAACACACAGAACAAUGACGUUAUCAGAAACCUGAGUAACCAUUUGUUUUGGUAGCCUUGUUUUUUUUUUUAAAGAUAAUUGUUAACAUUGUCAAUCAUAAUUUUCAAGAAGUUUGAGAUUACUUCCAACUGAGGUUAUUAUCGUUAACAAAAACUAAAAUGUAAGAAGCCUUUACUUUAACUAGAACUAAAAUAAAAACAAUGCUUUACUGUAAAACGACGACUAACAGCGUGCCAUCAGCGCUGUGCAUUACGAAGCAGAUCGCUCCCUAGCUAGUCGCGUGCCGCAGUCCUUAUUUGGAGCGUGCCAGCAGCGUCGCUCCGCUCUGAUCUAAACACACACCGAGUCUAUUUUAAACAAAGCUCGCUGCAAGCACGCGUCAAGCUGAACAGAAUAGAUGGAGCCGGACAGGAAGUCAGCCAAAGAAACGCACAGAGCAUCCUGUCAAUUUCAAAAUAAAACAGAAUACACAAAUUCCUGAUUGUAAAAACAGGCACCGAAUGAACAUCAAAUUAAUCCGUGUGAUCUUGUAGUUGUCCUGUGAUCCCGAGGGCUGCAGCUGCUCAUGGCUGUCCUCACACUCCAAAUGGGGCAGGGCGCUCACUGUACUGCACUCACUCAACGAGCAGAGUUUUCUGUUCUUGGAGAACGCAGAUUGUCAUCAAUCUUGGUGGUUUAUGUUUCACUAAACACCAACUGAGGGUCAUUAAAGAUACAUAUCCUCGCCACAACAUCACAAAAUAAAAGCACUCAGUGCAUCACGACCUCAUCGAUUUGUAGUCGACCACAUGGGAGCCUGGGUGCAAAGAGAACUCAGCGGUGAAAGAGUGCAUGUUUACAGUAAAUCUACAUCUAUGAAAAGAAUGGUUUUAGACAGCUAUAUUACCAAGUGUAUAUAUUUGUUUAUAAUAUCUUAUCUGACAUCACCGCAUGCCUGCUGAAUCAAAGGAAGAGUGAACAAAGAGGAGAGCAGCUGUUCAGACGUUUUCUUUGCUUCAUGAUUCCAUUGACCGGAUUUAUUUUAUUUAUUUGUUGUGGUUUUAUUUCUUCUCCUUUUUAUUAUUGCAGCAUGUUUAUAAAGCAGAGAAGAAGAAGAAGAAGGCUCUCUGGAUGAUGCUCCUACUAUUACAAGAUGCAUUAGUGAUUCAUGGUUGGAUCAAAGAGGAGACAUGAAAGCCCACACAGAGUCUGUCUGAGAGAAGAACCAAUGUGUGUCACAAAUCCUGUCCAAUCCUGUCCUUUGAAGUAAUCAAUUACCUAAUCAGAGAAAUUGAUCUGCUCUGUGCCACACACACCCAAACAGAAGACAGAGACAAAGUAAAGUCACCAUAUCCCAAACAAAUCGAGUCUUUGCCCAAAACAAUUUAAAAGGAGUUAUUAAAUUAAGGCUGUCAAACCAUUAAUCACUAAAUGUCAAUAGUUAAUCAUGAUUAAUUACUUUUUAAUCACAUGUUUGAAAUUCCAUUAUUUCACAUUUUCUAAUAAAAUUAGUCAGGCUUUUAUUUGAAUGUUUGUCCUGUCUGAACUACUACUAACGUACUGAGAGUACUACUUCCUGUGUGCUUUUAUUUUGAAAUAAAGUAAGGCCCUUCCUGUAGAUGGAAGGUUAGGACAGGAAGUUAAGCACAGAAACAGGAAGUGGUUAGGGAUCCCAAAGUGAGGUCAAACAGCUCAAAGGAACGGUAACAAAGGUCAAUGUGUGAUGUCAUAAGGUCAAUGUGUGAUGUCAUAAGGUGGAUAUUACUUUGGACUCGUCAGCUGAGCUGUCUGAGAGUUUGUUAAAGUGAAAUGAGACAUUCAAAGAUGCAGCAGUGUCCUUCUUUUACAUCACUGAGACGACAGGGAGACGCUGAGGACGACUUUCUACGGUGAGCCUGAAGGGACAAAAGAGCAUGAGAUUAAUGUGAUUAACUAGUUAACGCUGACAGCUCUGAUUUAAACCCAGACUUUAGACCAAACAAAUAAAGAUGAUUCAUCAAUAUGUGGCCUCCCAGCUCUCCGUCUUUUCUGCGUCAUAGCAGCUGAUGUUUGCUGCGUCACGCUAAUGGACUGAUGUACCUCGCCGCCACUGAGUUGAACUCUGUCAGCCAAUAAAGGACUCGUCUUUAUCUGCAGCUUUCUGAAGAAGCAACUUGCUGCUCUGAGAAGAUAAGGCGGCAAAACCCAUGAAAAGAAACCAAAACCAACCAUGUGUUCCUCCAUUUCUUUUUACACCAUCUGUGUCUUCAACAGACACUGGAUUAACGGGUCUUUAACCUUUCAGAAUAAUAAUAGAUCUCAUGUAUGUUACUGAAUCCAAGAAGGGGUAGUGCUACAUCUGUUGGGGACUAUUUCCAGCCGUGGAUGAAUACAAACAUUGGGAUUUCUUUGGACGCAGGAUUCUGUUUUUGGCAUCAGAUAUCAGUGCCCAAGUUCACCGUUGGGAGCAGAUUUUUCCCCCAGUCCAACAUUUGGAUUGCUAGUUGAUCGUUUCUCAAGAAAACGGAGGCGUCAGUAAAACGAUGUCGGCCGUCCCUGUUUGGUAGGAAACACUUACUGUGUGGUCGGUUGUUUUCUUUUCAUGGGUUUUGUUCUUAAUAAGAAGAAAAAUGCAACAUCAGCAGCCUUAUCCUUUUGUUUUCCUUUACUACUUUUAAGAUGUUUUAACGAUGUCUGGGUGUGGAAGCGUUCAACAGGUUCCUGUAGUUCAUCAGGUUACUUCAACUUUAAAUAAAAUCCACUGAAACAAAACAAA